AGUAAAUAUCAAGAAAGAUAAACCCAUGUGUUGACCCUGGUUGAAGGAGUCGGAGUCAAAAAUUAUUUAAUAUUCACCAUUCCAGAGUCUCGGUUAGUCUCAAUGUCCAUUAUACUGUUAGAUUGUUACCAAAUGCCUUGAAGGGCUCCUCUUGCACUUUGUUCUUGAUACAUGACAAAGGUACCCAGGCAGGUGCCACGAUCUUUGUCCACCAUGUCCAAAACAGCCGUCGACAGCAACCCAGAUCCGGCCGAUGAAAAGCCCGUGACGCUUGUGCGCGGCGGCCAGGUCGACGCCGAAGUCGCCCACAACUAUGUCAUCGACCCGGCGGCCGAGGCCCGGCUCAGGCGCGUGCAGGACCUCCGGGUGCUCCCCAUGGUGUUCCUCAUGUACUUCUUCACCUUUCUCGACCGGACCAACCUCGGCAACGCCAAGGUCGCCGGCAUGGAGGCGGACCUGGGCCUGGGGACCUACGGCUUCAACAUUGGCGCGUGCCUGUACUACGGCGUCUACUUUUUCGCCGACAUACCGGCGUCGCUGAGCGUCAAGCGGUUUGGAAAUAUAGUGCUGCCGCUGAGCUGCGUCUCGUUUGGCAUCGUGACUCUGGGGACGGCGUUCAUCACCAACCAGGCUGGCUUCUACACCAUGAGGAUACUCUUGGGUUUGACCGAGAGCUUUCAGUUUCCCGGGCUGAGCUACGUUGUUUCGAGGUACUACCGCCGCAGCGAGGUCACCACGAGGGUGGCGUUUUUCAUGCUAGUCGCCGCUGGACUUGCUGGUGGGUUUGGAGGGCUCUUUGCCUCGGCUUUGCUGUCGGUUGGGAGUAUCGGGGGCGUGUCUUCAUGGCGGAACAUAUUCCUUGUUGAAGGCAUAAUCACCAUCGGCGUCGGCCUCAUUUCCAUCUACCUCUUCCCGGCCGACCCGUCCAAGACGCGCAUCUUCAACGCGGAACAGCGCGCGCUCGCCAUGGCGCGCCUCUUCCACGACCAGCCCGCGAUCCGCGACCACAAGGAAAAGAUCACGUGGGCCCUGAUCAAGCGCGGCGUGCUGACGCCCAACGUGCUGGCGGGCGCGUGGAUCUACACGUGCAACCAGGUCAGCGUGCAGGGCCUGUCCAUCUUCACCGUCACGAUCCUGCGCCUCAACUACCCGGGACUCAGCACCGUGCAGAUCCAGCUGCUGUCGGCGCCCCCGCCCAUCGCCGGCGCGGCCUUUGCGCUGUGCAUGGCCUACGUCGCCAUGAAGACGCGCCGGCACGGGUUGGUGAUUGCGGCGUGCGCCGGGCUCAACGUGGUCGGCUAUGGGAUCUGGCUGGGGUCGUCGAAUCCGCAGGCCAGGUACGCGGCGAUAUUCUUGAACACGGGAGGCGGAUUUGCGUUUGGCGCGCUGGUGCUCAGCUGGACGCUGGCUAAUGCCGCGCCGGAUACGGUCCGCAAUGUUGCCAAUGCUGCCGUGUCGGGCCUGGCGAAUAUUGGUUCCAUCGCCGCGACGUGGAGCUACAUCAACACGGACGCCUCUACGGGUUACCGAAUCGGAAACAGCCUAAACACGGCCACGGCCUCGUCCGUCAUCUUUGCCGCGCUGGGAUUGAUGCUGUUACAGCGCUGGGAGAAUAAGAAGCGAGACCGUGGUGCGCGCGAUUACCGGCUGCAAGGCGAUCAGAUGCACGUCGCCACGCUGGGCCAUCUUCAUCCCGAAUUUAGAUAUAUUCACUAGGUGAGAGGCGGUUGGUUGUGUGUGUGUGUUUUUGAACUGAAGGUAAGAAUUGAAAGAGGAUAACAGGGAAACCUUGAUCCUGCAUUAUGGGGAAGUGUCAAAAACGAUUGAUCGGUGUCGUGUGUCAGCUUAGCUUCCAGGAUAAAGCUAGAAAAUAGAGGAAUGUCUGAUUAACUUGGUA